GUUUCACUGAAGUGUUUGCAAAAAAUAGUUAUUAUUUUUCAAGAAUUUUUGAAACAUAUAUUGAGAUUCACAUAGUUUUCAAGCAUUUUAUUUGUAUUGAAAUUCUUGAUUGGCAUAAGAAAUGACAACUAAAUUAUAUUUGAAUUAUUCGAGUCCUUUCUGUCGGUCAGUCCUAUUUGUGGCCAAACAUCUGGGCAUUGAUUUACACGAAGUGAACGUGGAUUUAGUGGACAAACAGCAACUGCGACCGGAAUUCCUUAAACUGAACCCACGACAUACCCUUCCCACGCUCGAGGACGAGGGUGUAGUUAUCUGGGAAAGUCGUGCAAUCAUUCAAUACCUGUGCAACAAGUACGGCCGAAAUUCGCAACUUUAUCCCACAGACCCGGCUGAAAGGGCCAAAGUGGACAUGGUGCUAGACUUUGACCUAGGCACACUGGCGCCCGCACUUAAAGCCGUUCGGAUAACAAAACUGGUUACAAAUAACUCUACUAAAGGGGCCAAACCUACUGAACAACAACUGACGACAUUGAAGGACAGCCUAACUGUGUUGGACUCUAUGAUCGGCAAAAACGGCGGUUACAGCGCCGGCAAACACUUGACUAUCGCCGACCUCUCACUUAUACCGCAGUUCUUGACGGUAACCACCGAAGAGUUGGCCGACUAUAUGCACGUCAGGCACUGGUAUUCAGAGAUCACCGCCAAAGAGAUGCCGUAUUUCGACGAAAUCAACUCAAUGGCAGUGAAAUCCAUUGAAGACAGGACUCGUAGGCUCACAGAGAGGGCUGAUAAGAGUUAAUUAGAUUUACUGUUAAUUUGACCACUUUGGUGAUACACUACAGUUUUAAGCAAAAUACAUUUAUACUAAAGUAAAAGUUAAAUUAAUUAAUCGUUGAAUAAAACAAUUUUUAAAUAUUGAAA